CGUGGAGCGCGGCGGGGCGCAGGCGCGGGGCCGUGCCCGCCUGCCCUGCCCGCGGAGCCCUGCCCGAGCCCGCCGGCCCCGCCGGGGAGCGGGCUGUGAGGAAGGGUGGCUCCCCGGCCGCCUCUCCGCUUCUGACCCGGUGCCGCCGGCUCGGCGCGGGGCCGGGCAGCGCGGAGGAUGAGCUGGUUCAACGCCUCGCAGCUCUCCAGCUUCGCCAAGCAGGCGCUGUCGCAGGCCCAGAAGUCCAUCGACCGGGUGCUGGACAUCCAGGCCGAAGAGAGCCCUUGGCCCGACGCCGUCAUCCCCGACUACGGCGACGGAACAAACUCUCUCAUAAGUGGAGGGUGGGAUACAUCUUCCUGGGGCUUAAGUUCAAAUACAGAACCACAGAACCAGCCCGUGUCACCAACAGCAAUCACUAAGCCGGUGAGGAGGACGGUAGUAGAUGAAUCUGAAAACUUCUUCAGUGCCUUUCUCUCCCCGACGGAUGUUCAGAGUAUCCAGAAAAAUUCAGUGGUGUCCAAACCUCCAGCCAAAUCACAGCGACCCAAAGAGGAGGUGAAAAGCACUUUAAAGGAGUCCCAACAGCCCAGUCAGCUGGAAGUACCAGUGACAACAGAGGCAGAAGUGAAGGAUCCCUCUGUAGCUGGCCUAGUGGACUUGAAAAACCUUGAUAUUCCCAAGGAGAAAUUAGAAGAGAAUUCUGUGCUUGAAUCUGAUGCCAAGCAUGAAGAAAGCACAAAUGAAGUUACUGACAAAAAGGUGUCUGCUCUAAAUUUGGAAGUACCUGAAGAUGCUCUUAAUGAAAAAUGCAGCCCAGGAGGGGAUGGGGCGGGGGGUGCACCAGGCAGCACCUCACAGCCUCUCCACGCAGGUACAAAGGAGGUGGGUUUGGAAACUAAGGAGCGAAAGACUGAGGACAGGCAAAGCAAUACACCCUCACCUCCAAUUAGCACUUUCUCCUCGGGGACAUCCACAACGAGUGACAUUGAAGUUCUGGACCAUGAAAGUGUCAUAAGUGAGAGCUCAGUAAGUUCAAGACAAGAAGCUGCAGAUUCAAAAUCCAGUCUUCAUCUAAUGCAGACAUCAUUUCAGCUUUUGUCUACAUCGGCCUGCGCAGAUUAUAAUCGUUUGGAUGACUUUCAAAAAAUGACUGAGAGCUGUGGCUCCUCAGAUGCUUUUGAAAGAAUCGAUUCAUUUAGUGUCCAGUCUUUGGAUAGUAGAAGUGUGAGCGAAAUAAAUUCAGAUGAUGAGUUAUCAGGCAGGGCUCCUGCUUCAGCAUCUGUCGCUGUCAGUGCUUCUGCACCAAAGGCAGAAGUGGCUGAUGAUCUGAAAAAUAAAUCUGAAAACUUGAGUGAUGCUCCUGUUUUACCUGCCGAGGAGGCAGAGAUGGAGGAGAGUGGGAGAAGUGCAACCCCUGUUAAUUCUGAGCAGCCAGAUGUUCUGGUUGCUACCGUGCAAACUGUUGGAGAGCAGAUUGUGAAAGAGGAGACUGAGCCCCAGCAGGAUGGUGUUGAAAACUUGGUAGAAGAGGACACUGAAAAGCAAGAGCUUAACAAGAUGAUUGAUUCAUUAACUGAGAAACUGGAGAAGAGGGAAAUACAGUUAUUAAGCACUAGUAAAGAAAAGGCACGCCUGGAAGAAGCUUAUGAUAACCUCAAAGAUGAAAUGUUUAGAAUGAAAGAAGAGAGCAGUAGCCUUUCCUCUCUUAAAGAGGAGUUUGCUCAGAGGAUUGCGGAUGCUGAGAAGAAGCUCCAGCUGGCCUGCAAGGAAAGGGAUGCAGCUAGAAAGGAAGUAAAGACUGUUAAAGAAGAAUUGGCUACUAGACUUAAUAGUAAUGAAACUGCUGAAUUACUGAAAGAAAAAGAAGAGCAAAUCAAAGGAUUAAUGGAGGAAGGAGAAAAGCUUUCCAAACAGCAGCUGCAUAAUUCCAACAUUAUUAAGAAAUUAAGAGCCAAGGAGAAAGAGAGAGAAAAUGUUAAUACGAAACAGAACAAAAAAAUUAAAGAAUUGGAAGAGGAGUUGCAGCAUUUAAAACAGGUGCUUGAUGGCAAGGAAGACCUGGAGAAGCAGCAUCGAGACAGCAUUAAGCAACUGAACAGUGUUGUAGAGAGACAAGAAAAGGAUCUUACUAAACUUCAGGCAGAAGUGGAAGACCUUGAAGAACGCAACAGAAGUGUCCAGGCAGCACUUGACAGUGCAUACAAGGAACUUGCAGAUCUUCAUAAAGCUAAUGCUACAAAGGACAGUGAGGCACAAGAAGCAGCCCUCAGUCGGGAGAUGAAGGCAAAAGAAGAGCUUGGGUUAGCUCUGGAGAAGGCCCAGGACGAGGCACGGCAGCAGCAAGAGGCUUUGGCAAUUCAGGUGGCAGACCUGAGGCUGGCACUGCAGCGUGCGGAGCAGCAGGCAGCAAGAAAGGAAGACUAUUUACGCCAGGAAAUCAGCGAACUACAGCAGAGACUGCAGGAAGCAGAGAGCCGGAACCAAGAGUUAAGUCAGAGUGUAACAUCUGCCACACGGCCCCUUCUCCGGCAGAUAGAGAAUCUGCAAGCCACGCUGGGAGCACAGACCUCUGCUUGGGAAAAAUUGGAAAAGAACCUUUCUGACAGGCUUGGUGAGUCUCAAACUCUUCUAGCAGCAGCUGCUGAGAGAGAACGGGCUGCUACAGAAGAACUUCUUUCUAAUAAAAUUCAGAUGUCUUCUACUGAGUCUCAGAAUAGUCUUUUAAGGCAAGAAAAUACACGCCUUCAGGCUCAACUAGAAGUGGAAAGAAACAGAUUGAAAAAAAUGGAAAAUGAAAACAGUAGGUAUGAGGUUGAACUAGAAGGACUCAAAGAUGAGUAUGCAAAAACCUUGGAAGAUGCAAAGAAAGAAAAGACAUUGCUGGCUACUCAGCUAGAAAUGGAAAAGAUGAAGGUUGAACAGGAAAGAAAGAAGGCAAUUUUUGUGCAAGAAGCAGCAAAGGAGAAGGAUCGGAAGCCAUUUCCAGUUGACACUGUUUCAAGUACUCCAACCAUGUCACGUUCCAGUUCCAUAAGUGGAGUUGAUAUGGCAGGUCUUCAGACAUCUUUCCUUUCACAGGAUGAUCCGCACGAUCACUCAUUUGGGCCAAUAGCUACUAGUGGGAGCAAUCUUUAUGAUGCCAUAAGGAUGGGAGCAGGUUCAAGUAUAAUUGAAAACCUCCAAUCACAGCUAAAGCUAAGAGAAGGAGAGAUUUCACAUCUACAGCUGGAAAUUGGAAACCUUGAGAAAACUCGAUCAAUAAUGGCAGAGGAGCUGGUUAAAUUAACAAAUCAAAAUGAUGAACUUGAAGAGAAAGUGAAGGAAAUCCCCAAGUUCCGGGCGCAGUUAAAGGAUUUGGAUCAAAGAUACAACACAAUUCUUCAGAUGUAUGGAGAGAAAGCAGAAGAAGCUGAAGAACUCCGACUGGAUCUGGAAGAUGUGAAAAACAUGUACAAGACUCAGAUAGAUGAACUUCUAAAACAAAGACAAAAUUAACUCCUGCUGGAACUCUGAACACUAUAUGAUAACAGAUUGUAAAGAUACUGGUUUAUGUAAAUGCUGAAUUUAAAUGUCUUGUAAAAAGAUAACUGUAUAAUAGAAGAUGUGACUAUAUAAUAGAGUUCAUAUGUUGACAAAAAAAAAAAUCAAUGCUUUAAGUGUCUUGUACUGUCUGCAGUUAAAUUAUUUGUGCAAUAUUUAAUUUUCUUUUUUCAGUCAUCCCUUUAUUUAAGCUUUUGAUAAAGGAUGGACCAUUUUACUUGUAAACUGUAGCAGAAAUGAUGAUUGUUACCUCAUGAUACAGCGCUGGAAAGCAUUUUUCCUAAAGUAGCCCUUGAUCCAUGACCUCUGUAUACCUAUGGAAAUGACAUUAGAAGUCUUUCUUAAAGUGUUCUUAAUACGAGUCUCUUAAAAAUCUCAGCAGUUAAAUUUUAAUAACAAAUAGCAGUGGCUUGCUGUCUGAGGCAUAGUUGUUAGGUAUUUUUUAUGACAGGAAAAUCCCAUAUUUAUACUCACAACUUCUGAACAUGUUAGGAUGGUAAUUCUCAGUUCUUAGACAAACCAGAUCAGUCUGACUGUUUUGUACUAAGCCCUCGAAAGCAGUGAGGCUCAGAUGCAGCCUUAAAAAUUGCAGCUUCAUCUUUGUAUUGCUUGUGUCAUCUCAUGAGCUGUCUAGAGACAGCAGCUCUGCUUGUGAUUCUGAAACUGUUUAACACCAGAAAUCUGAACUAAUCAGUAUUUGUUCUAGAGUUAGAUGCUGAUUUUUAACAGUUCAGAAGAAUGCAGAAUUUUAUUUUUUUUUUUUUUACUAAUUGCUACUGCUCUCCUGGUUCCUUUUCUAUAAGUAACAAGGUUUAGACUCUUUGCCAAAUGGUGCUGUGGCUUAAUACAGUUUUCAAACAAGUCUGCAGUGGCUGCAGAGUAUUUCCCAUGCCAUUCCUUGAGCAAGGUAUUGGUCAAAUAGCAUCUAUGUGGCUUGACAUUUAGCCACAUUCUCAGUAGUGUCAGAGGAAAGAUUUGAAUGGGACCCUUGGGAAUGCUGAGAAUCGAGGGAAGAAGCUUGUGUUUUCCUCUCUGCAUUCCAGCCAGCAAAUAUUUUGCUGCAUCUCAGAACUGUAGCUGUGACAGGCUGUGAAAUAGUUGAAAUUCUUUGCUUAUCAUACCACUGCCUCUGUUGUGAGGGGUUUCUCCACAGCUCUGUGCACUGUACUUUGGGUUAGAGAGCUCUGCUCCUGCUUGUGUAUUGACUGGCCUGAGAGAGACAGGGUGUGAGUGAUGAGAAUUUGCUUCUGCAGAAAAGCCUCUCAGUAAUACAACUUUCCUCUGGGUGUUAAGGAUUUAUUCCUUAGUGGGAGAACAUUUGGUCACUGCAGGUACACAGGUGAGGGGAUGUUGGUGGAACAGCCUUAUUCAGUUUGAGAUUCAGGAAGUUCCUCUGAGGGUUUCAAUAAAGCCAUAGAGCACAAACACUAAUCUUUAACUCCACUACUGUCUUAGAAAAAUUAACUACUUUAAUAAAAUAAAAGACAUUUCAAUAUU